UCUUUGAUUGUGCGACAGGCCGCGGCGCGAGCGGGGCCUCACUCAACUAGAAGAACGGUCUGGCACGAGACAACGGGUGAGGACAGACACGGAAUCACCGGGGCGACCGAACACCGGUUCCCACAGCAACGGCCGAACAGACGAGACGAGACUGGCGGCUUGAAACCGGCGCGGAGGACACAAAACGGAGGCUGGUUCUGGGGGCGAGGCCAAAGGACCAGACUCAAUGAGUUUCCAGCGAAAUGUCAGAGAAGUCAGGGCAGAGCACCAAGGCAAAGGAUGGCAAAACAAAGUAUGCAACCCUUAGCCUCUUCAAUACCUACAAGGGCAAAUCUCUGGAAACCCAGAAAACUGCGGUGGCUGCCAGACAUGGGCUCCAGAGUUUGGGCAAAGUUGCUGUCAGUCGGCGCAUGCCCCCUCCGGCCAACCUGCCCAGCCUGAAGGCAGAGAACAAGGGAAACGACCCUAACGUCAACAUCGUCCCCAAAGACGGUAGUGGCUGGGCAUCUCGAUCUGAGGGGGGGGAAGAGAGGCAACAAGAGACACCGCCACCCCAGAGCAAACCAGCAGUGCUCCAGUCACAAGAGCUUUCUGUUGGGGUCAGCCGCUCCUGGGCCAACAGCAAGCCGACUCAGCUAGACGGAGCUCCUCGUGUGAGUAGCCAAUUUCACCAGGAAUUUCCCAGCUUGCAGGCAGCUGGGGAGGUGGAGAAAGGGGACGGUCAAGAGGAGGAGCCUUAUGGACCAGGCCCCAGCCUCAGACCUCAAAAUGUUGGCAGUUGGCGUGAGGGCGGAGGCAGGAAUUUGAACACUGCACCCAGCCCCCCUGAGAUGGAAAACAGGGCUCUGGAGGAGGGUAGUACGGGCCUGGGUACCUCUACACCACCAGGGGAAGCUGAUGAACCUGGGCGAAAUGUAACCACUGACAGUCAAAGGGAGAAGAGGGAUGGCAGGGAGAGGUUGCCCCCCUCUGGCCCACCUCAGCCUAAACUUAAUGGGGGCCAGCAGCCUCCAGCUGGGGUGCCAACUCACUUUGACCCGGCUUUCAGGAGCAUGAUGCCACCCUACAUGUUCCACGCCUAUCCUCAAAUGACUUUUGGCCCAGGGCAAGGAAACAUAAGAUACCCUGUACCACAAGAUGGAGCAAAGGGUCCUCGUUUAGCACGACCACAGCAGCCUCCCCCUCAGUCCUGGCACCAGGACCCAGACAGACCCUCUAUCAUCAGCGCAACAGAACUGAAAGAACUGGACAACUUGGACACUGAGGCCGAUGAGGGCUGGGCAGGAGCUCAGAUGGAGGUGGACUACACUGAAAAACUUAACUUCAGCGACGAUGAAGAGAACCAAGCUGCUAAAGAAAAAAGAGAAAACUGGGAGUGGAUGGGUCGCGAGCGUAUAAGAUCUCGGCCGCCAGACGGUCAGGAGACCUGGAAGGAGGGUUCUGAGGACCGUGGGGGCAGUAAAACUUCAUGGGCUGACACUGCAGAUCCCAGAGCGCCAUCACCUGGCAGUAUGGGGCAGUACAAUAAGUCAGCUGCUCCACAGGACUACCAGGGCGGCAGUCGUCCUGUUGGUGGCGGAGCUCCUCGUGGAAGCAAACCACAGGCUGCAGCACCACCUGGUGCCGAGGAGGACUCUGAGGCCUGGCGACAGAAACGCAAGAAGCCUGCAGAAGUUUCUGAAGCUGUAGAACGAGCGAGACGGAGGAGAGAGGAAGAGGAACGGCGGAUGGAAGAACAGCGGCUUGCUGCUUGUGCUGAAAAACUUAAACGUCUCAAUGAAAAACACCGGCAGACAACUGAGGGCAAAUCGGCCCCUGCUCAGCCCACCAACGAUGAUGCAGGAGUUGCUCAUGAGGAAGCCUCCUCGUCAGCUCCAGCUCCUGCUCCUGUAUCCAGUCCCGUACCUUCGAUCCCAGUUUCACAAUCACAGGCCCCAAUCAUGCAAGCUCCUCUACCUGAGAUGGUGGAUCGAGACGGGGAGAGGAUGGAGCGAGAACGAGAGCGAGUAGAACCAAGUGUGGAAGAGGAGGUUCACUUGCCUCCUCAGCCCAGCCCCCCUCUCCAGAGACCUGUGACCAUAGCACCAGAGCCUCACAGCGAGGGAGAAAGCUCCUUAGUUGAGGUCGGGCCCCUGAUAGAGGAGAAUCAGCCUGACAAGACGACAACAGUGCCUAUACGAGACUAUUUCAACAUAGAGGACAACAGAGUGGAUGAGCCCCACCUGUCUCUGCCUCACAUGGACCCCCCCAGCGGUGAGGAAGUCCCUGUGGCACCACCACAGCUGGAAGGAGAAGCAGCAGCUGCUAUGCGUCCCUCUCUCACCUCAGGCUAUUCCAAACAGUUUCAAAAGUCUUUGCCACCUCGUUUCCUCAGACAGCAGGAGCAAAUGAAGCAGCAACAAUGGCAACAACAGCAGCAGCAGAGUGGGGGCUCUGUGUCCCCAUCAGGUGGUAGCGGACUUCCAGCUACCCAACAGCAACAGCAGCAACAGCAGCAACACCGCUCCAUGUAUCAACCAAUGGGCCCCCACCACCAGCACCUGGCCUCCAUGGGGUUCGACCCCCGCUGGCUCAUGAUGCAAUCCUACAUGGACCCCCGCAUGAUGUCCGGACGUCCUCCCAUGGACAUGCCAACUAACAUCCACCCUGGGAGGAUGCCUCCUAAGCAGAUCGUGCGCAGAGAGCCUGGUGACAACUCCAGCUCCAGCUCUGAUUCCUUUGACCACUUGACCCGACCAAUUCGUGACCAUGGCCUGCCAACAGACUCGCGGAUGGUAUGGGGAUCAGACCCAUACCCACAGUCGGAGCCAUUGCCAUCUGUAACUCCUCCAAAACUACGAGAUGAAAACAAGGAGCCAAGGAUGGAUGCUGGUUUGGAUCUGGAUAGGGGUCUCCCGGCUAUGUAUCCCCAGGACCACAGUGCAUUGGACUCGCAUAAAAGUAACUUCUUCCAGGACCCUACAGAGUCCCUAUCAGCGUUUACCCAGGGCCCAGAGGAUGCAUCAGGGCAACUGGACAUGGUCCCUAUACGCCCAGCCUUUGAUCCUGAGGAGCCAGGUCUACCCAGUGGUGAAGAGGUAGAAGCACUAGGUCAAGCUAUGCUCCAGAGGAGUGUCUCCCAGGGCUCCAGUCACUCCCUCAAGCUGGAUGAGCCUAGGUUUGAUGGGUUACCCCUGGGAACGAAAUCACUGGAACUACAGGACACAGGUGAACGGGGUGAUGAUAAGCCCCAGAAUGAACUCUAUACCCAGGCUGCAGUGACCAGCAACAGGGCUACACCUCCUGCUGAUGGAUUACACAAACAAGAGAAGCUGCCUUUGCCAGCCCCUAACAAGCAAAAAGUUGAGCUGCGCUGGGGUGGGAGAUCAGGUGCCGGACGCAGAGAAGGACCAGGGGGAGAGAGACCUGUCCGCAGGUCCGGGCCAAUAAAGAAGCCUGUCCUAAGGGACAUGAAAGAAGAGAGGGAGCAAAGAGAAGAGCGAGAAAAGCGUCACGAAAGAGGGGAAAGAGGAGACCGGCCCAAAAAGGAUCAGUCGUCCAAAGCUCCUUCUGCAGCUGCUGCUGUGUCCGAGGGCUCCAGACCUCAGGGUGAGGCGAAGAGAGAAGCUGCUCAAGCUGAAGAAACACCAACUGGCCAUCAGAGAACCAGGGACUCUCAGCCUUCAUCUGGGGCUCCUACCUCUUCCUCUCAAGAGGAAAAAGCAGACAAACCGCCCAGCAAUGACAAACAUCCAGAACCCAAACUGCCCUCCAGGAAAGAGUCCAAUCUUCCUCCACGUGCCUACCGACGAGAGGAGAGAGAGAGGGAACGUGAGCGGGAGAAGGAAAUGGACAGGGACAGGGACAGGGACAAGGACAGAGAAAGAGAGUGGCCCAUUGACUCAAAUUUCAAAGGACGUGGUCGAGGGGAAUAUUACUCCAGAGGACGGAGCUACCGGGGAACUUACAGUGGCCGAGGCAGGGGGAGUCGUGGUCGAAGCCGGGCAGAGUACUACAGAGAACCCCGAUCACGCUCUGAUUUACCUACUGCUGGAGGUGCUGCUGCUUUUCGCAACAGGGAGGAAAGUGAGACACGCAGCGAAAGCUCAGACUUUGAGGUUAUACCAAAACGUAGACGGCGCCGGGGUUCAGACACAGAUUCUGAAAGUGAAGGUGGGAGGGAGUCUGCCAGUGAUACUGGACCCUCUGACCGUGAGCCUAGCACCAAACCUAGCCGUCCACUGAGGCGAGAGCUCCCUGGGGAGCUCCGGUCUGGGCCCCACAAGCCAGGCUUUGGACCUCCUCACAUGGGGGAAAGGGUUGGAUCCAGAGGGGACGAUGAAAGCAGGCCUAAGCCAGGAUUCCUUCCUAAAGGAGAGCCUUCUCGACGAGGAAGAGGGGGACUUUACAGUAGACGAGGUGGAGCAAGGGAGCGUGGCGGCCCUCGCUCAGCCCCUCUUAGACGGCCAGCAGCUAGGGGGGAGUCCUCUCAGUGGCCCUCAAAACCCAUGGAGACAUUCAGGCCAGAGGACACGGAGCCCACACCAAGAUAUGACAAUCCUCCCACUGACCGACGUCCCCCUAAGUCUGAUGGCAAGAAAUUUGGGGAUGGCGCUCCUCAGAGUAGUAGAGAGAGGCCACGCCGAUCCAGACCCGCACGCCCCCCGAGGCAGGAUAAACCCCCCCGCUUCAGGCGCUUGAAAGAGCGGGAGGCUGCAGUGUUAGCUAGUGGAGAGAUGGCCCCAAUUCUCCCUGUUCCUCUACUCCCAGUGCCUGCUGCUGCUGUCCCUAGCUCUGCCCCUGCUCCAGUCUCCCUUUCCCCAACCCUGUCUAGAGCUCCAGGAACCCCUGUAACUGUGCCUGCGGAUGUGGCAUCUACUAUGCCUGCACCAGACUUACCCUCUUCUAUAGAAGCAGCCUUGCCUGAGACCAGCAGCCCCACCGUCACUGCAGUCGGUACCAAGUCCCCUGACUUGUCUAACCAGAACUCUUCUGAUCAAGCCAAUGAGGAGUGGGAAACUGCCUCUGAGAGCAGCGAUUUCAACGAAAGGAGGGAGCGAGAAGAAAGGAAAGGAGCCCUGGAGGCCGCUAACGAAGCAGCCACUGCCUCUGCCCCGGUACCUGCACUCCCCCAAGGCUCUUUGACCCCCAAUAAAAGCCCUCCUGAGGGAGGGUUGACUCCAAAACGUGAAGGGGCUCCUGCAGCCAAGAGGAGUUUCUCAAGUCAGCGGCCUACAGAGAGACAGAAUCGUAGAGGCAACAGUGGAGCCAAACCAGGCCGGAGUUACACAGGGGGCAAAGGAGAGAGGAGGGGAGGGGCCAAAGCCGGCCGUAAAGGCCCUGCAGGCCAGCAGAACUCAGAAGCAUCAGCACCAACAGCGGGAGGAGCAACCCAAAGGUCUGCAAAAGAGCAAUCUGCCCGACGCAAAGAUGAGGCCAAACAGGCCGCCAAGAAGCCUAAGGAGAAUGCUCUUUCUCAGUUUGAUCUUAACAAUUAUGCCAGUGUUGUGAUCAUUGAUGACCACCCAGAAGUCACCACCACAGAGGACCCACAGUCCAGCACUAAUGAUGAUGGCUUCACGGAGGUGGUCUCCCGUAAGCAACAAAAACGCCUGCAGGAUGAAGAGAAACGGAAAAAGGAAGAGCAGACUACUCAGAACUGGAGUAAAAAAGGCUCUGGUGAGAAGGGCAGAGGAGGCGGUGGAAAGCUGCCACCAAGAUUUGCCAAAAAGCAGUCAUCGCAACAACAACAACAGCAACAACAGCAGCAGCAGCAACAACAGACGUCACAGUCUCAACCUCCUGUAUCUUCCACACCCCAGGCCCAACAGCAGCCUCCCAUUUCUGCUCCUCAGCAUCCUCACCUUGCCCCCUCCCAGCCUGCUGCACCCCCUCAGACUCUGGAAGGAACAGUGCCCCCUCUACCCUCCAUCCCCCCUUCCACUGUGGACUUUACCUCAAAAAGCCUACCCCCCGCACCUACACAGACACACAGCACUCUGGGUACAGAACUGUGGGAGAACAAGGUGGCGGGCUCCACAGUCCUUCCUGAUGUCAAGAAGCUUGGUCCAAUCAGCCCUCCUCAGCCACCUUCUGGUGCCUGGAACAAACCUCUUACCUCCUUUACUGGCACUGUCUCCUCUGAGGGUGUGAAGCCUGGAUCAGAGGGCAGUGUAGAAUUGGCAAUAGACAGUAUCCAGUUUGGAGCGCCAUCGUCUGCAGGCAGCACUGACAGUGAUGGAGUUCCAGCCUUGCUAGAAACUGGCUCUGAAAACAAACUACCUGCUCCCAAAGAACAGAGACAGAAACAACCUCGAGCUGGCUCAAUCAAAACACAGAAGCUUCCUGAAAUGGAACCAGUGGAAACCAAGGAGUACAAGCCAGGUCCCAUUGGUAAAGAGCGCUCUCUAAAGAACCGCAAGGCCAAAGACGCACGUGUAGGAGAUGGCGAGGGGCUGGAAGGAGGAGUCCCUGGGGGAGGCGUCAGUAGAGCCACAGACUCCAGUCCUCCCACCAGUGACACCACAGUACCAGAGCUUGGAGGAGACAUUGAGGGCAUGAUCACAGUCCCCUCAGCAGAGUACAACAGUAAUUCUAAGGAGUCUGUAACUGACUACACCGCCCCCUCCUCCUCGCUGGCUGACAGUGUUCCCACAGGAGGCAACAAAAUGGAAGAGAGUUUGGUGGCAAAUGUGGCACUACCCCACUCAUUGCCCCUCCCUCGACGAGAGACCCUGCAGCAGAGCUCCAGCCUCAGCACCGUCUCUCCUGCUACUGUUGACCUAACACUAAAGAUGGAAUCAGCUCGUAAAGCGUGGGAGAACUCCCCGAGUCUGGAGAAGAAUUCUCCAGUCACUUCCUCUUCCUCCCCAAUCACUUCCUGUGCAUCCUCAUACUCGACCUUCUCCUCUGCCUCCAUGCCACAGAUCCCUGUGGCCUCUGUUACCCCCAGCACCUCACUGUCAGGUUCUAGUACCUAUACAACAUCAUCACUCAGCACCAAGACCACCACAGCCUCUGACCCCCCUAAUAUCUGUAAGGUGAAGCCCCAGCAACUGCAGGGUGGAAGUCUGUCUUCCUCCAGCAGUAGCAGUAGUAGCAGCAGCUUCUCUCAGUUGGGCUGUGUGCCUCCCCUCCUGCCCCAACAGCAGCAGACCCCACAGGUGUACGUCUCUCAGUCUGCAGCAGGUUCUGCAGCACAGAUUCCAGCCUUCUACAUGGACACUAGCCACCUCUUCAGUACUCGCUUGGCUCCUCCCUCCCUGGCGCAGCAGCAAGGCUUCCAGCCUGGCCUCUCACAGCCGACAGCAGUGCAGCAGAUUCCCAUCCCUAUUUAUGCUCCACUGCAAGGUCAGCCGCAACAUCAACACCAACAUCAACAUCAACACCAACACCAACACCAACACACACACCAGGCUCAGCUAGGACUCAGCACUGGUCCUCCAGUCUCCCAGCCACAGGACCUGUUCAGCUCCUCACUGCAGCCUUACAGGUCUCAGCAGGCGUUCAUGCAGAGCAGCCUAUCACAGCCCUCCAUGAUGCUGUCAGGACCAUCCCUGCACAGCUUUCCCGGCGUGCAGGCACCUGAGCUGGGCAAGCCUCAGUCUAAUCUGGCCUAUCAGCAGCCCUCCUCUACCCAGCACAUUCCCAUUCUGUUUGAGCCACAGCUCAACCAGCCCUCUGGCAUGGGAGGCUCCCAGCUCAUUGACACACACCUGCUGCAGGCUCGACAGGGGAUGAAUCAGCAUUCAAAUAUGUAUUCGGGGCAGGUCCAACAACAUGGCCAGAGUAGCUACUAUAGCAACACUCAGUCGCCCAGUUCUGCAAUGCAACAGGUGACAGUCCCUCUGCCCAGUUCCCAGCUGUCCCUGCCAAACUUUGGCUCGGGCGGAGGCCAGCCCCUACUGGCGCUGCCUCCUACACCUCCGCAAGCCCAACCCCCCAACAUCAACCGACAGCCCCCGGUCUCCCAGCCAUACAGAGGCAUAAUGGGCCCCAACCACAGCAUGAUGCAGCCUCCCACCAGCAAGAUGGACAUGGAUCUGAAACUCUUUGGCAGUGGGAUGGAUGUGAAGCCUGGAACCCCUCCCGUCAGCGCCAGGAGCACUACACCCACCUCCAGCCCUUACAGGGCAAGCUCCACCUCUCCUAGUAGCCAGUCCAGUAAGAUGAACAGUAUGCUGUACCAGAAGCAGUUCCAGCCUAGCUCUGCCGGCAUGAGAAUGACACAGCACUUCCCUGGCCAGUUCAAUCCACAGAUUCUGUCUCAGCCCAACAUCGUCUCUCCUCUGGUUCGACCUCCUCAUGCUAACUCGUUUGCUGGAGGUGUCCAGCGCUCUCCCAUGGGCCCUCCAAUGUCACCCAAUGUGGGCGGUGGUCUAAUGCCCCAUCCCCGACCUCAGCACCCUCAGCACCCACAGCACCCACAACACCCACAACACCCUCAGCAUCCACAGCACAGCCAGCACCCUCCCCGAGGACCUCCUGGUCCCUCCCUGGCACCCAGAGGAACACAGGCGGCUCUGAAGGCUGAACAGGACCUAAAGGCAAAGCAGCGGGCUGAGGUGCUCCAGUCCACUCAUAAGUUCUUCUCAGAGCAGCAGCAACAGCAGCAACUCAAGGCCCCGCAAGUCAGCAAAGUGUCUCGGCUUGAUCAGGGAGGAAAACCCCCGCUCGACACCUCGGCCCCAAACCACCAGGCAGUAGGCGACCGCCCAGAUUCUGACAAACCUCCCAUCUCCACGGCCAAGCCCAUACGGACUGGCCCCAUAAAACCGCAGGCCAUCAAACCAGAGGAGGGCAAGUAAAAGAGCGGCUGACCCUCUUCAGAUGACGAUAUGCAUGGAUGGAAGAGAGAGAAUCUAGCCCCAUUCACUCAGUCACCACCUCAUAUCAGCCCUGGGGGACAGUGUGGGGGAGGAGGAUGAGUUGAGAUCCAAAUGGUAGUGGUUACUGAGAGUAGGCACUGUCCUGCGUAUUCAUAAUCCUCUUCUUUCUUCCCCUGUCUUGUCCCACUGUAGGUGGCGGCGAUUGAGUUGGAUUCUUCCAUCAUAUUUAGAUGCCGAUAAAAUGGUUGCACAAGUUGUUCCAUAGAAAUCUACUGACGGUAGAUAAGAAGCGAGUUGGAGGAAGAAAAUUGAAAUGAGAUUUGCUGCUGAGUUUGCCAUUUUUAUAGCUCUUGAUUUCUGUUCCUUUAUUUUAUUUCUUUUCCCAAAUAGGAUCACGCAUAUUAUAGGAGAAACCUGUUUUGUUAACGAAAGAAUGAAUCAGUUUUGUUUUUGUAGUCAAAACAAUCUUGUUAAGGAGAUGUCUUUUAGUGAAGCACACUUUUUGUUGCCCAAUCUCCCAUCAUAACUAAUCCAGAGAUUUGUGCGCAUGGAAAAGCACCACGUAACCACACGCGCACACAUCCAUUCAACGGUUUCAUCCACGGUUACCACACAGAGACAUGAAAUCAGACAUUCUGUCAUUUUGUUUUUGGGUUUUUGUUUUGUUUUACCAGAAUGGAAAUGUGAAAAAUGCAGCAGUUAAUUGAAUUUAAUGAUUGAUUUAUUGAUUAGUCUGCCUGUGAGCCUUUGCUCCUGCCUUCUGCUCUCAUCUCCUUGCCUGAGAAUUAUUGAUGUGUUGGGGUGUGUGUCUCGGGUGUGUGUUUGUGGUCUAAACGGGGGGGGGGAGGGGGAGCUCAUAGCUGGACUCUCUUGUAUAUUUAGCCAAAGGUUAAAGCAGCGCAGAGACGAUGUCACAGCCUUUUAGGAUUGCUGUUGCCGUGGCAGCAGAGUUUCGAGUGGACUUAAAGGAUUACAUGGAUGAUGUAUGAUCACUACUUGCAGCUGUUCCAGUUUAGGGGCUACUGUCACACACCCUUUCACUGCUUACACACCCAUCUUUGCUGUCACACAAACACACACCUAUACACACUUCACUGUAAAGCACCCAGACCUGCUGCUAUUGACUGAUUUCAGUGCCCUUAGCUAGAGUAUAGCAGGAUAGGGCUACUUAGAGGAAUAGAAAACGGUGAGGAGUUGAUUGUUGAAACAGUAGAAAACUUUGUGUAUCCUGUUCUUGUUCCCCCUUGUCACGAGGGUUGACGUACACAAAGAACGAGGAAGGAAAAA